AAUGUCAAGUCUUUGCUCAUCCACGCUUAAAGAAGAACUGAGGCCAGGCUCCCACAAUCCACUGCGGCGGUAAAGUCACCUCUGUUGUUAAACCAUGGCUCCUCCGGUUGCAGUGUCUCCAUUGAUUAAGACUGCCAGGUAUUCAGCUUUGAUUGCUGGCAUCUUUUAUGGCAAGAGGAGAUAUGAAAAUUUGAAGCCAAUUGCAGCUGAGGAGAGGAGGAUUGAAGAGGAAGAGAAAAAGGCCCGUGAGGAGAAGGAACGCAUUGCCAAGCAGCUAGCAGAAGCAAAUGAAGACACUAUUCUGAAAUAAACCUUCACUUCGAAGUCCAGUUCCUAAGUCCUUCUCCUUGGCCGUUGUGGAAUAACACGUUGGUGCUCAACCAUGCAAAUGCUUCCAUGUUGCGGAUAACUACUUUUGUUUAGGAAUAAUUUAUUUUUCUUGGUUUCCCACUCCUGCUGUUCUUAGUAAUUAUGUAUACAAAGGGCCUUUGAACUCUCGAUUGUUGAUGUGGUUAAAACCCACCCACUCUAUUGUUUUCCCCAUCCUUUAUGACAUGUUACUUAAUUGAACUACAGAUGCUCUACUCAACAAUAAUGGCAGUUCUUAAUUUGAAUUUGUACAUACAAGACGACAAUGUGCUCACAGAUACAUAAUUCUCUUGAAUAAAUACAAAGUGGCAUACCUGA